GUGGUUGUCUUCUUUGCUCCACUGUCUCCCUCUCUCACUCUCUCUCUCAAACUCAGCGCUUCGGUCUCACAUCUAGCACCGAAAACCCGACUCGAAUUGUUAUCUGGAUCCGACGAGGAAUACCAGAUUUUUGCUGCUGCUGCUUCUCUUUGUUCAGGAAAUGCGUACGGCUUCAGUUAAAUCAAGAAACCUUAUUGCUUUUGUAUUCAAUCCUUUCAUUGUUAGACUAAUAACGCUUCCUUUUCAACUUCAUGCUUCUUCUUCUUGCUGUUGUUAUUCUACUCUUACUACUACUACUGUUACAAGUAGUGGCAAAGAAAACUUGAAAACCCCUAAUCAGAAUCCGAAUCGCAAACAAUUCUUGAAAUCUGUGAGACAUGAGUGCAAAUCUCGGAGCUUGAGGAAUGUUGUUCAUGGCUUAGAGACCUGUUUGAUAAAAUGCUUCACUUACGCCCUUUGCCUUUCAUUGACGAUUUUAAUCACAUGUUGGGUGCCAUUACAAGAAUGAAGCAUUACUCUGUUGUGCUUACUCUAAUUAAACGAAUGGAGUCAUUGGGUAUCGCUGCCGAUGUUUAUACUCUGAAUACUUUGAUUAAUUGCUUCUGUCAAUUGAACCGUGUUGAUUUCGGGUUCUCUGUCAACCAGACAAUAUAACUCUAAACACUCUUCUCAAGGGGUUCUGUCUUCAAGGUAACAUUGCUGGAGCUGUGAGGUUGGUGGAAGAAAUGGAGAAGAAAGGGUUAUGAGCCUGAUGCAAUUACUUGUGGAACCAUACUAAAUGGUCUUUGUAAGAUUGGUAAGACUGAUAUGGCUAUUGGGUUGCUUAGGAAGACAGAAAAAAGGUAUUUUGAACCUAAUGUAGUGUUCUAUAACACAAUUAUUGACAGUUUAUGUAAGGUUAGAUUGGUAAAUGAGGCUUUGAACUUUUUAUCUGAAAUGAUUGGUAAAGGCAUUCGGCCAAAUAUUGUCACUUACACGUGCUUAAUUCAAGGUCUAUGCAGUUUUGGUCUAUGGAAAGAGGCUAUUGUUUUGUUGAAUGAGAUGGGGCAAAGGAAGGUCGUGCCAGAUGUGCAAACUUUUAACAUAUCAGUGGACACACUUUGCAAAGAGGGGAUGCUGAUAGAGGCGAAAGAAGUUUUUGAUGGGAUGAUUCAAAGAAGCAUUGAGCCUAACACAGUCACUUACAAUUCUUUGAUUGAUGGUUAUUGUUUGCAAAACAAAAUAGAUGAUGCAAUUAAAGCCUUUAAUAUGAUGCUUGAGAGGGAUUAUUCACCUGAUUUGUUUAGUUAUAACAUAUUGAUCAAUGGAUAUUGCAAAAAUAAAAGAAUUGAUGAGGCAAUGCAUUUUUUUCAUGAAAUGUCCAACAAGGGAUUGGUUUCUGAUGUUGUGACUUAUAACACUCUUAUAGGUGGUCUUUGUCGAGUGGAGAGACCUCAAGCUGCACUAAAGCUAUUACAUAAGAUGUGGGCUUGUGGCCAACAUCCAAACCCCCAAACCUAUGCCAUCUUGUUAGAUGGUUUAUUUAAGAACAAAUAUUUUGCUGAAGCAAUUGCAUUGUUUAAAGAGAUGGAAGAGAAAAAUAAAAAUAUGGACUGCAAUAUCGUGAUUUACAGCAUCUUAAUUGAUUGUAUGUGCAAUGUUGGGGAAGUUAUGAUUGCAAGAGAGCUCUUUUAUAGUCUUGCCACCAAAGGGUUGUAA